AUAAAAAAUCCAGAAAAGUCAAGAGACAUAAAGAAUCGUAUGCAUACAGCCAUACUGCUGAAAAUGGCUUAACUUAUUUGUACAAUGGUUUUAUCUUCUUAAUUGAAAAUAUUUAGGUUUUUUAUUGUAUUUUAAGAGAGUGAAAAGUACAUGAUAAUGCUUCUAACAAGGAAUUUAAUAAUUACCUUUACUUUGUGUUUAUGGAAUGUAGUUAGUUGUGACGAUAAGAAUGAAUGUAGUAUGGAUAGUGAUUGCUUUACAUGCUGUCCACCUCCCACUACUACUAUAGAAUGUAAGAAUGAUGGUGAGGUAAUUAUUAUAAAAGAUAGUAAAUUUGUAUAUGAUGGUCAAAAGAAGUUAUGCGAAAGUAGGACAAGAGAGGAUCUUUUGGAAUCCUUCCGGGAUAUAAUUAAUAACAAACAAGAGAAUAGUUGUAUAUCUACUAAAUACAAUAAUCUAAGAAGAUCUUGUACAGGUCGAAAAAUAUGCCAAAUAAAAUUGGUUGAAAAAGAAGAUUGCCCAGGCGUUAGUAGACCUCAGCAUUUAUUACACAGCUAUAUUUAUUACCAAUAUAUAUGUCUUAAAGCCAAGGUUUUAGAAAGAGAGGAUUUACCGUGUUUUGAUAUAAAUGAAGGAACAUAUAAUAUAGUACCGAAAGUUAACAUCUCUUCUGUAUGUCUAAAAUUUAAACUUAAUCAUAUUCGCUUAAGUAUAAAAGUUCACUUGAAAUCUGGCUUGGGUUUCAAUCAAAAUUGCAAAUAUGGCACAUUAAAUGGACAGCAGAUAAAAAUCUUAUUUUCUAAGAGAAACGAUGCUAUAUUUGGGAAUGUAGAACUGAAAAAUAGCACUCAAAACAACGUUACUAUAAUGUUGGUCGGAUGCGAAUGGCUUUAUGGGUCUAUUACAGUUGAAAGGAUACUUAGCUCACCAUCUUUGAGGGAAAUAUCUGAAGAUCCUAUUAGUUUGCUACCUAAAUAUUAUAGCAAGAAUCCUGAUAAAACAACAACUAUUAUUAUACCAACCGAUGGUAAAACUGAUGGGAAGAGUAGCAGAAAAAUGAUUACUAUUAUCGUAAUAUGCGUCAUUACGCUUUUGGUCAUCGUAUUAGCUGUCAUAUUUGGUGUUAUAUAUCUCAAAAGGAGAAGAAGAAAUGACUCUGACUUUAGUGAAAACACGCAUCUAAAUGAUCAGCAGAGAGUCAAUGGCGAUACCAGUAAACCUAUUAUCAGAGUUAGAUCAAAGGAAUCAUUGAGCUCCAACGUUAGUCGAACUAGUAUGAGAAUCAAACAUUCAAAUGGAGAAGAAACUAUUUUACACUUGAAUUGUGAAGCUUCCGAAGUAGACUCUAUAGAAAUGUGGCCUAUUGAUCCGCAACCUUACGAAAGCGGAGUACUAGAUGAUACUCCCAAACUGGAUGCGCUACCAAAGCAAAGACUGUUACCUAAAGUUCCACCACCAAUAAAAGAGGAGUCUUACAACUCACUGGGAAAGAAAUCGUGAUGUUUAAAAUACGUGUAAAUUCCCCUUUUAAAUUAGAUCUGACAUGUUUAACUCUAAUUAAUCAUGACAUUUUUUGUACUAUAGAUAUAGAAAUUACUGAUGCUCUAUAAUUACAAAUCUGCCCCUACGAAAUAAAAAAUUAGACAAUAAAAAAGAAAAGGACGCUCGUUUGUUUUGAUUGCAUAAUGUAAAAAUAACUCGGCUACUCACCCCAUUGAUUGGACUGAUAACAUGUAGAUAAUUAGUAAAAUGAAUAUUGAACCUUCCAUCUACCAAUAUCUUCCAACUUCCGUUCCUAAAGCUAAAUAAAGUCGAAAUGUCAUCGAGUUGGACAUUUAUAUAUUAUACCGUCAAUUCGAUACGAAUGGCGAUGUGUAAAACGCGAGGUGUCGCUUCGAUACCUUAUUCGAACUGUGCAUGUUAAUUAGUUGCUGCUGUAAUCAACCGGUUAUUUAUCUUUGAUUUUUUUGUGACUAACAUAUAUUAAGUUUUUUAUGUAUUGUUGAAGCAAAUAUUUUAAACAAUAACUUGAAUGAAAUAAAAAGAAGGUAAAACUGGCUAAUAAAUGAAGCUUUUGUCUCUAUUUUACGUUCUAUUCAAAGGAUAAAAAAUAUAUCUUAUAAUUUUUUAAUGCUAAA